GGUGGAAGUGGCGUCACUUCCGGCCGCCGCCUGCCGGCAGUGGAGCGGAGCCGCCAUGUCCACAUCGCUGGGCUCCAACACCUACAACCGGCAGAACUGGGAGGAUGCGGACUUCCCUAUCCUGUGCCAGACAUGUCUUGGAGAAAAUCCCUAUAUUCGGAUGACCAAAGAAAAAUAUGGGAAAGAAUGCAAGAUUUGUGCCAGGCCUUUCACAGUGUUCCGCUGGUGCCCCGGGGUGCGGAUGCGCUUCAAGAAGACAGAAGUGUGCCAGACCUGCAGCAAGCUGAAGAACGUCUGUCAGACCUGCCUGCUGGACCUGGAAUAUGGUUUGCCUAUCCAAGUCCGGGAUGCAGGACUCUCCCUUAAAGAUGAAAUGCCUAAAUCUGAUGUGAACAAAGAAUACUACACCCAGAACAUGGAGCGAGAGAUAGCCAAUUCUGAUGGCACUAGACCAGUUGGUGCACUAGGAAAAGCUACUUCUACCAGUGACAUGCUGCUGAAGCUGGCCCGAACCACUCCCUACUACAAACGCAACCGUCCUCACAUCUGUUCCUUCUGGGUAAAAGGGGAGUGCAAGAGAGGAGAGGAGUGUCCGUACAGACAUGAGAAACCUACAGAUCCAGACGAUCCUCUGGCUGACCAGAACAUCAAAGAUCGUUACUAUGGAAUUAAUGAUCCUGUGGCUGACAAACUUCUGAAACGAGCAUCAACCAUGCCUCGUCUAGAUCCUCCUGAAGACAAGACUAUUACUACACUGUAUGUUGGAGGGCUUGGAGAUACCAUCACUGAAUCAGAUCUCAGAAAUCACUUCUACCAGUUUGGGGAGAUCCGGACGAUAACGGUGGUGCAGAGGCAGCAAUGUGCUUUCAUCCAGUUUGCCACCAGACAGGCUGCAGAGGUGGCUGCUGAGAAAUCCUUCAACAAACUCAUCGUCAACGGCCGCAGGCUCAACGUCAAAUGGGGAAGGUCCCAGGCAGCAAGAGGAAAAGAAAAGGACAAGGAAGGCACUACAGAAUCCGGGAUAAAGCUGGAGCCAGUUCCAGGGCUUCCUGGAGCCCUCCCCCCUCCUCCAGCUGCAGAAGAGGAGGCUUCUGCAAAUUACUUCAAUCUACCUCCAAGUGGUCCUUCUGCCGUGGUGAACAUUGCCCUGCCACCUCCUCCUGGCAUCGCUCCACCACCGCCUCCAGGUUUCGGACCACACAUGUUCCACGCCAUGGGACCCCCACCUCCCUUCAUGAGAGCCCCAGGCCCCAUCCACUACCCAUCCCAGGAUCCCCAGAGGAUGGGUGCCCACGCAGGAAAGCACAGCAGCCCCUAGCACAUCCUGCCACCGUCGUCCUUGAAGUAAAUGUUAUUUUCUAGUUACCAUGGUAGCACGAUAUGUUGAGCUGUGGGUGAGCUAGAGACGCCUUAUUUCCCUGCUUGCAGCCACAGGGCAAGCUGAGCUCCGUGUCUCCGCUUAUAAUUGAAUUCUUGAUACGUCCCAGGUCUUUCUAUUAGUGUGGGGGGUGGGUGGGGGACAGACAGAAGGGUUGUCGGAGGUCUGUGGGUCUGGGGGUACCAGAAUUACAGUGCUGUCUGUGUAUCCCAUUGGCACACUUUUGAAAUAAACUUCUGGAAAAACAAAACUAA